ACACAGGGUACCUACACUUCAUGGUGUUCCCUUACAACACCCCCCCCGGGGGGGGGGUGUCGGCCGGACCCCUUUCUCUAAUUGUCUCCGUGGCCUGUAUGGAGGAACAUCUAGUUUGUUCAGGCCUAUCUCGUCACGUGACUCACCCCCUUCCACUGGCGGCUACUGCAUCGCUGUCCUCCGGCAGCUACUGUGAAAGUUUUUGAGUGCCCUGCUAACGGUUAUAAAAAGCUCUUGCUUCAAGGGUCAGCCAUCAGGGGGAUUCUACUUUCUGUGCUUCACCUCCCGGGGUUUGUGCACUUGCCUAACUUUGAAUGGCCGGAUCCCUUGUUCCCCACAAUGGCUUUGGUACUAAGACCUGGCGUGGGAAUCAAGGUGAAAUAGUAUUUGCUAAGUCCUUCAUUACGCUUCAUCGAGUCUUUACUAAAGGGCACGGAAGAAGUAGUGAAGACCUCUGGGCUAAGGACCCCUUUACUCCCUUAGCUCCCCAGGACUCCUUCCCACAUUGCUUCCCAGGAAUUCUCCAUCCACGUGGCCUGCUCUCAAAGACAGAGCAUGGAGUUGGAGAGGAUCGUCAGUUCAGCCCUCUUUGCCUUCGUUCAGACACACCUCCCAGAGGCAGACCUCAGUGGCUUGGAUGAGGUCAUCUUCUCCUAUGUGCUUGGGGUCCUGGAGGACCUGGGCCCCUCAGGGCCAUCAGAGGAGAACUUUGAUAUGGAGGCUUUCAUUGAGAUGAUGGAGGCUUAUGUGCCUGGCUUUGCCCACAUCCACAGGGGUAUAAUAGAAGACAUGGUGCAGACGCUCUCGGUGCAGCUGAGCAGUGCUAGGAACAAAGAGAACCUGCACCCACAGAGCUCCUGUGUCCAAGGUCAUGUGCCUAUUUUUCCAGAGACCCCGAGGCGACCUGAAAAGCUCAAGGAAGAGAGCAGGCCUCCUGCUGCUACUGGGAACACCCAAGAUGAGGCAGCUGCUGCUGAGGAAGAACAGCCAGGAGUAGACGUACUCUUGGAGGUGUUCCCUACCUGUUCUAUGGAGCAGGCCCAGUGGGUGCUGGCCAAAGCUCGGGGGAACCUGGAAGAAGCUGUGCAGAUGCUGAUAGAGGGCAAGGAAGAGGGGCCUCCAGGCUGGGGUGGCCCAAAUCAGGAUUUACCCAGACGCCUCAGAGGCCCCCGGAAGGAGGAGUUGAAGUCUUUCAUCCUUCAGAAGUACAUGAUGGUGGACAGGGCAGAGGACCAGAAGACUCACCGACCUAUGGCUCCCAAGGAGGCCCCCAAGAAGCUGAUCCGAUACAUUGACAACCAAGUAGUGAGCACCAAAGGAGAGCGGUUCAAAGACGUACGGAACCCCGAAACUGAGGAGAUGAAGGCCACAUACAUCAACCUCAAGCCAGCCAGAAAGUACCGCUUCCACUGAGGCACUGGCUGGACUCUGCCAGGCAUCACAGAUCCCAGAGGGAUGCAGAAACCUUCCCGUCCACCCUACCCCUUCUCUAUGCCUUUGCUCUAGUGUUAAUCUAUUCUUGGAGCUUCCUUCAACAGCACAGUAAAGGUUGUCUAAGGAAGGUGUA